GAAGUAGGUCUACAUAGUGCCUCUUCUUCGCCCAUAUUGGAUACAGGUGUUGUUUACAGUAUCAAUAAUAAAGCUAGAAAAUGACAUGUAGUAGCCUAGGCUGGAAUUAAUUAAGCCAACCUCGCCAGUGAGCUUAUCUUCGAGGUCAGCACUCAUACAAUGAUUAGCUAACUUCGGAUGUUUACAGAGGGGUGAAAGAGCACUUGUAAAUUUGUCCGAUGAACUCUCAAACUGGUGAAAGAGACUGGGUAUAUUCAACUGAAAUUGGAAAUACUUGCAUUAUCUGUAAUGGACCCAUUUGACGCCACCUCUCCGCGCAAGGUUCUGGAGCGAGUCUCUACUCUGCUGCGAUGCAGCCCGACAUCGAUUGAAGUAGCCACAUAUCUGGACAAUCACGACGAACUAAAGCACCUACGUGAACAGUUUCUAUUACCCAAAGUUGCAGAACUCCCUCCUUCUGACCUUACGCUGGUGGAUGGCACCAAGCAAUGCAUUUACUUUGUGGGGGAACUCACUUGGCCUCCAGCCCAAAAUGGCCAAGAAGUACAUCGACGAGGAGUUGGAUAAAUGGGCUAAAACGGGGGUUCAUGGCCAUGUACAAGGCUCUCGACCUUGGGCCUGGGCAGAAAACAAUAUAGAGGAACUCAUGGCUAAUGUGGUUGGGGCUAAAGCUGAGGAGGUUGCCUUGAUGAAUGGGUUAACAGUGAAUCUGCAUCUUCUGCUGCUGUCUUUUUACAAACCUACAGCAAAACGUCACAAAAUCCUUCUUGAGGACAAGGCUUUCCCCUCAGACCAUGUGAGUUAUUCCAAUGACACAGAGCUUGUUUUAAACCUACAGGGUGUUGGUGUAAUGACUGCAGGUUGUUGUGGAAUUACCACCAGACCCACCUGAAGUCAAUCUUAAAUG